CGAUCUGCAACCUUGCAUCUUCGAACUCAGUCUUGUCCUCAAUCGCCUCUGCACCCGCCUCUAACCCAUUGAGGGGCUCCUCUCUGUGCCCAGUUAUUCGCCCCGGUUCCCUCUUUCGAUGAUGCUGUACCCUGCAAAUUGCGUGAGAAGCCAAUGUUGACUUCGUCCCUCUAGCUCUUCCAUUAAAUCUCCCGGAUCAGUGGGGCGUUACUGAUCAUGGCUCAACGAAUGUCAUUGUCGAGAGGCGCCGAUAUUUAGUCUUCCUUUUGCCACUAAUUCUGCAGGCGCCUGUCUAUUAGAAAGCCCAUUCCCUCCAAGCCUUGGGUACUUGUAGCUUGUUGGUCGUUCUUACCAUAGACCUCAAAGGAUUUGUUCUCGACUUGGGAGUCUUUAGCACUCGUUGGAUUGAGGUUCCAAUCACACCUCGAUUUACCCCAGACAAGCCACCUUCUCGCGCAGUCAGGAGUUCUUCCUGCAGGUGACGAUCAUGGCUUCUCAAGCUGGAGCUUCGAGUAGCAAGAAAUCCAAAGGUAUCCUAUCUUCCUUCAGAAGUCUUUUCAUUUACUUUGAACUUCUUUUUGCUUCUCAACCAACGUGGAUCGACAUUACGCUUGUCAUUACCGGUACUGUUGCUGCCAUUGGGGCUGGCAUACCAUUUCCACUCUUGGCCGUUCUCUUUGGACAAUUCGUCGAUGAAUUGAAUGGAGCUACCUGUGCCGCCGAAGCCGCCCCUAACACAUCAGAUGCUUUCCGAUACGAGGCUUCAAUCAAUGAUAAGGUCAUCAAGACGGCAUACAUUGGCGCUAUCUCUUUUGUACUCGUCUAUAUCCAUUUAACCUGUUGGAACAUCAGCAGCCAGCGCCUCGCCCAACGCCUCCGGACCCGUUAUGUCGCCUCUCUUUUGAAGCAGCCUCCCGCGUUCUUCGACACUCGCGGCUCAUCUGGCCAGGUAUCUAGUAGACUCAAUGGCGACAUCACUGCGGUCCAGGCCGGUACUUCGGAGAAGGUUGGAAGCAUCAUCACAAUUCUCAGCUUUUUCGUCACGACGUUUGUCAUAGCCUUCUCGAAACAGCCCAAGCUUGCUGGCAUGCUUAUCUCUAUGCUACCCGCAUUCCUUCUAUCUGGUCUUAUUGGUAGCAAAUAUAUUGGAAAACACGUCACACGACAAACCGAAGCUACUUCCUCUGCCUCCUCGAUCGCCUCUGAAGCUCUGUCCAACAUCGCGGUUGUCCAUGCCUUUGGUGCAGCCCCCCGUCUCGAAGGCAAAUUCUCCAGUUUCAUGGCCCAGGCUCGCAAGCAUGCUAUAAACAAGGCUGCGGUGGCUUCUGUACAGACCGGCUUGCUCUAUUUCAUUGCUUAUGCAGGGUCUGCUCUUGCAUUCUGGCAGGCGGCUAAGCAGAUUGCCGACGCUGCUAGAAACAACGGAAAUGGCGCCACCGUCGGAUCCAUAUACUCUGUUGUGUAUCUUCUCAUUGACGCGUGCAUCAUGCUGGGAGGAAUCGCGCCCCUUCUACCUUUUCUUGGCGGGGCUGUUGCAGCGUAUCAACGUCUGAAGUCGGACAUUGAUGCACAUUCUGAUAUUGAUGGUACAUCUGAUGCUGGCAAAUUGAUGCCACCGCAAAUGACGAAAUCCCUGGCUUUCCGAGAUGUGACCUUCGAGUAUGUGUCUCGCCCAGGCCAGCCUGUCCUACAAAACGUCAAUCUGGAAUUUCCGGCUGGUUCAUACACUGCUAUCGUCGGUCUUUCAGGAAGCGGCAAAUCGACCGUUGCGGCUCUAAUCGCUCGUUUGCAUGACCCGACGGAGGGUAUCAUCGAACUCGACGGCCACGACAUCCGGGAACUAAACGUCAAAUCCCUCCGAAGUUUCAUCAGUUUCGUCCAACAGGAGCCUUCCCUCCUCGACCGUUCUAUCCUCGAGAACAUCGCACUUGGACUGGUGAACUCGCCUAAACCUGCACACCAACAUCUGAAGCCUCUCCUCAAGGGUCCAGAACUUGCGAAGUUAGCUUCGCAUGGCAAGAAUGCUCUAUCGGCAGCAUCAUCUUUGGGCCCACAGUUUGUCGAACUCGCUAACCUCAUUCAACAUGCUGCAGAGCAAGCUGAUGUAGCAAGCUUCAUUGAGCGUCUGGAAUUGGGAUACGGUACACCUGUUGGUCCCAAAGGGUCGCUGCUGAGUGGUGGCCAACGACAGCGGGUUGCGCUUGCGCGAGCCUUCAUUCGGAGCCCUGAGCUCCUGGUUCUGGAUGAGGCUACAUCGGCCCUUGAUUCAUCGACAGAGAAGAGGAUUCAGUUCGCCGUGGAGCGGGCAGCAGCCGAGAAGCAGACGAUUAUAUCUAUUGCGCACCGACUUUCCACCAUUCGAAAUGCCGACAACAUUGUGGUUAUGUCGGCAGGCCGUGUUGUCGAGCAAGGCACUUACAAUGAACUCAUGGCGAAAGACGACGGUGCAUUCGCUCGCAUGGCAAAAUUACAAUCUGUAGGCCAUUCUGGGGUCGGGUCCGUGUCAGGAGAUUCAUUCGACGCAUCAACACUUGACAGUGACAAAGUUGAACUGGGCGAAAAGGCUGAGACUUCCGUGGCUGGAAAAGCGGUGGACAUUGAUGCCAAAGUUGUCAAUGAUAAUGAGAACUCCGAAAAAGUGGCAGAGAAGGGAAGCAAAGAGUCUACGGCCAGCGAAGAUCCUAAAGACAAAGAUUUGGAUGCUGUAAGGCCUUACAGCUCCGUGAUGAGAGGAAUUGCCUGGCUGAUUCGACCAUCACGGAGCUGGGUGGUCAUUGCGACGAUCGCAGUCGUCUUCGUGGGAGCCACGUACUCCGCUGCUGGUAUCAUCUUUGGUUUUACUAUUGGCGCCCUCAACCCGUGCCAGAGCACUAUUAGCCACAUUUUGUGGGCAGGCAGUUUCUUCAGUGGUCUUUAUUUCAUGCUGGCCGUGGUCGAGCUUGUCGCCAAUUUCCUCGCAUGGUUGGGCUUCGGAAUCAUUGCGGAAAGGAUGCUCUACAACUUGCGCGUUCUCUCCUUCCGUUCAUUGCUCGAGCAAGAGAUUCAUUGGCACCAAUCGGAAGGACGUACCCCGACUGGCCUCCUCUCGAUCAUCACCAAGGAUACUGUUGCUGUUGGCGCAUUUUCAGGAUCGACGUUCGGCACGGUCUUUGCAAUCCUCCUCAACAUUAUAUUCGCCAUUGUGGUCUCCCAUGUAUUCGCUUGGAAGAUCGCUAUUGUCUGCCUGGUCACGGUCCCGAUCCUACUCGCCACGGGCUUCAUGCAGCUACGCAUGUUAGCACGGUAUGAGGAAAGACAUCGCGAAGCUUUCUCUACGGCCACGUCAUUGGCGACCGAAGCAAUCCAGUCCAUCAAAACCGUUGCCAUUCUCUCACUCGAGAAUGAAUUCAUGGAAUCAUUCACUCAACUCCUAAGCGCCCCACGAAAGCAGGUGGUUCGAGCUUCCAUCUUUACGAAUGUUUGGCUUGCGUUGUCUGCCAAUACCUUCGCGUUCGCCAAUGCUCUAGCCUUCUGGUGGGGAUCUCAACGCAUCAUGAAGGGCGAAUACACCCAAAGAGAUUUUCUCAUCAUUCUCAUUGCAAUGCUGACAAGCGUCACGCUUUGGGGAAAUAUGUUCUCUCUUGCACCAGAGUUCUCCCGAGCACGGCUAGCUUUGUCGCGUGUGAUGGCGGUAGUAGAUAUGGGAACCAGUUUAAAUGUUGGCAAGUCUGACAGAGACUCCGCAAAGCCCGAUGACGAUGUUGAGGCUAUCGGAGAAGGAAAGAAAGGUAGCAGUCCAGAGGAAAACAAACACCGUGGUGGCUCAAAAGUGGCUUUCAAGGGAGUCUCAUUUGCGUACCCCAACCGCCCAGAUGUCAAUAUCCUGAAUGAUGUGUCUUUUACGCUCCCAGCCAACCGCUUCUGUGGUCUUGUUGGCCCCUCAGGAGCCGGAAAAUCCACCAUCAUGAAUCUCGUCCAGCGUUUAUACAAGCCCACAUCAGGAGAAAUUCUUAUCGACGACCACGACAUCUGCAAGCAAGCCGACUCCUUCCGGGAUUCCAUCGCACUCGUGCCUCAGGAUCCCGCACUAUUCGACGGUAGUGUGCGUUUCAACAUUGGCAUCGGUGCCGUUCCCGGCCACGAAGCCACGGAUGCCGAGAUUGAAGAAGCCUGCCGGCUUGCAAACAUCCACGACGACAUCAUCGCACUGCCGGAUGGUUACGAUACAGAGUGCGGCCCCUCUGCAUCACGUUUAUCUGGCGGUCAACGACAGCGCCUUGCGAUCGCGCGUGCGCUUGUUCGCCAUCCCCGCCUGUUGCUUCUUGACGAAAGUACAAGUGCAUUGGAUGCUGUCAGCGAGGCAGCUUUGCAAGAGGGUCUUGAGCGAGCAGCACGAGGAACGACGGUUUUGGCUAUCACGCAUCGAUUGCAUACAGUGCAGAAGGCUGAUGUAAUCUUUGUCGUGGAAGGUGGUGAGAUCGUUGAUAGCGGUCGGCACGCACAGUUGAUGGAGCGCAGGGAGAGCUACAGACUGAAUGCCAUGCAGCAGAUGCUUCAGUAAAUAAUUUUCGUGUGUAUAUUGAGAUACCCAAGGUUAGAGGAUAAAAUCUUCAUGUACAUUAGACCUUGCAUUAAUACAUGUAUUUUUAAUGUUAAUUCAAUAGCUUGUC